UGGUAGUAAAGAUGAAGACAGAGUGUAGACUUGCUUUGGACAUUCCCGUGUGAAUAUUACUUGUAAAGAUUUAGACAUUUUGCAACAUGAUGUGCUUAGAGAAACUACAAGAAAACAUAAGAACAAGAUUCAAGUCCAAGUACUGAAACUACAGGUUAUCAUUGUCUGCACUGUUUGCAGUCAGUAAAUUUUCAGUGAACACCCCUUUGAUAAACAAGUGGUACUGCCCAAAUUGAAAGAUGGACCAGUGCAUUUUAGAAAUUUAGCCAGGAUGUUGACAGUGUGAAUGUUAUGCCAGCAAACAGAACACCUCCUGAUUUUAGUUUUUGAAAAGGACAGUAUGGAUUGAUGGUGAAAUAUGGAGAUUUUCUCUGUGUCAGUAGAUAAUUAAACACUGACUGUGUUACUGUAGUGGAAGCUGACACUUUCUAACUGGAAAUUGUUUCCUAUUUGCAUAGGAGUGUUGGCAUCUGGUUUGAAAUUGAUCCAUUCCGAUUGAUAGAAACUCGGAGAACUGCGAAAACAAGUGGGCAGGAAUUUGUCUAGAUUUCUGGUCGGAUGAGUGGUACAAUAAGAUGUUGUGAAAUAUGGAAUGAUUGAGAGAAAACAACAAAAAUGUGGUGCUAUGCUCGAAUAUUAGCCCAUUACCCCUAUGUGGUGCUGAUUGCUGUACUAGUUGUGUCAGUGACCUGCUUGAUUGUCACAGUAACCAUUGGCGACAGACCAAACUUUGAGGAACCAAUGGCAGGAUUUGAGCCACGUGGUACUGAAAUCAGUAAUCGACUUACAGCGUACAAGAACCUGGUAGAUGACCCAGAUUUGUCACCCAUACCACAAGAUCAGGAAGCAGUCAUCCAACAGCCUGGUAACAAGCUGCUCUUCCUUGAAACUGCCUACCUAAAAAGUAAUGCCACAUCACCCAUUUACAGAUUUAAACGAGCAAGACGGAAAAGACUGAAGCCUUUCUUCUGUGAUGUCCCAGAUGGACGCUGGGUGAAGGUUGUGUACACAAGCGUUGUGAAGGAUGAUUUGUUUACUUUAACUAAUAUCAAAGACAUGUGCACUUUAGAAGAGAAAUUCAUAACAUCAAAAACCAUCUACAAACGUAACUGUCUUCGGCAAGCUGAUAACUCACAAUGCUGCCGAACUUUAUCGCUCGGCAAUUACAUUGCACUGCUCAUGAAAAAAUCCAGUUGCUCAAACAUAACAGAAGAUGAUGUUAAAAAUGUGAAAAAUUUGAUACAGUCUUGUGUCGGAUUUUACCAUAACUUUUCUCUCAGUGAUAGCUGUGAUACCAGACAUUCGCCAUUUGGAGAAAAAAUUGGCUGCAGAGAUAAGAAAAUUCCGCAACAUUGUAAGGAUUAUAAUGCCGUGUACAAUGUUAUGCAUUUCAUAUCUGACCGCUCAUUCCAAAGAACGGACCGAAAAUUAAGUUACGCUUUAUCAUUCUUGCCAGUGUCAUUCCAGAGGGCGGCCACUUCUCAGAAGUUGGAUGAUGCCAUUAACCUCUAUCUCGAUAUUGAAUCAAACUUGGACCAUGUAGGAAAUAUAGCAUUAGUUGCUGCAGACUUUGGUAUUAAAGAUCAUCUGUUUCACCAUUAUUUAACCAAAGAUAGCAAAUGGAUCACUGUUAGUGGAGUUUUUAUAUUUUUUGUUAUUUGGAUAUUUACCGGGUCUAUUUUUAUAACUGUUAUGACUUUUCUUUCUAUGUUCUGGUCUUUAGAACUCUCAUAUUUUUUAUAUGUUUUUGUUUUUGAAAUCAAAUUUUUUCCAUAUAUGAAUCUUGUUACAGUUUUACUAGUUAUCGCCAUUGGUGCAGAUGAUGUUUUUGUAUAUUCAAAAAUUUGGCAUCUUGCCAAAAAGGAAAGAAAUAAUGGUACUUUGGAAAAAUUAGUUUCAGACACAUUAAGACAUGCUUCUUUGUCAAUGGUUGUGACCAGUCUCACAACAGCAGGUGCUUUGUUUUCAAAUAUCAUCAGUCCGAUAACAUCGAUCAAGUGUUUCAGUAUCUAUGCAGGAACUACAGUACUGUGUAAUCUUGUUGUCAUGGUGACAUGGACACCGGCAGCCAUUGUUGCCGAAGAGAAAUGGUGCAAUUUUUGCUUCAUCAAUAGUCCCAGAAUUUACAAUAAACUGCACGAGUAUUACCGUUGCUUCUUUGAAAAGCUGCUGCCAAAGUUUAUUUUGUAUCUUAGAUAUUUAUGGAUAGUUUUACUUAGUGCUUUAGGUAUUAUAGGUGGUAUUUUAGUAUUUCAUAAUCCAAAGUUACGUUUACCUACCUCAUUUCAUUUUCAAAUGUUUAGAGACAAUCACCUGAUGGAAAUGUAUGAUCAAGACCUACGUGAAAAUUUCUGGUUUGAAAAAGCUGUUGGAGAUCAAAAGCCACUUAUGCCAUUAACCAUAGUAUGGGGAGUGGAAAAUAUUGAUAACGGUGAUAAACUAAACCCGUAUGAUAAAGGAACUGUACAGUUUGAUCCUAGUUUCAAUCCCAGCACCCCGCAGUCACAGAUGUGGUUACGUCAUUUUUGUUCAAGUUUGCGUGAAGCUGGAUUUUAUAAAAAAGUGACUCCUUUUGAAGUCUCAAACUGUUUUAUUGAACAUUUUAUACAUUUUAUGAAAUCACCAUGUACAAAAGGAGAAUUUAUUUGUUGCAGAAAGUCAUUUCCAUAUAAAGAAGAUAUUUUUAACGCAUGUGUAAAGAAAUACAUUCCUAAAGUGAUGGAUCAAGAACUAUAUUUUGUAGAUAAAUUUUCUCCGGGACUGAAGUUUCGAAGGGGUAAGAUCUCAGCAUUGGUUGUACAGUUUUCAUCAAACUUGACAUUUACAUAUGAUUACGAGGUUGUAGACGCAUUUUUUAAGGGUGUUAAUAAGUGGGUGCAUGAACAACUCAAGACAGCACCAAAUGAAAUGAGGAAAGGAUGGUUUACAAGUGAACUAAAAUUUUUCAGCAUUCAGAAAAGUCUAGUAGAAGGUCUACCAGUAGCAUUUGGAAUUUCCAUCCUUGUAGCCACAGCAGUAACAUUUUUCACGUCUCUUAAUGUUCUUAUCACGCUUUACGCCAUGGUGACAAUAUCAUUUACUAUGUUAGUUAUUGUUGCAUCAAUCGUGUUACUCAACUGGGAGUUAAAUAUUCUCGAGUCAGUGAUCAUAACUGUAGCUGUAGGAUUAUCUAUAGACUACACAUUGCAUUAUGGCGUAGCAUACCGUCUUGCCCCAGAUUUAGACCGCCAGAAUAGAGCUUACUUCUCAUUUAUACGUGUUGGUAGUAUAAUUUUUGUUGCGGCACUUUCAACAUUUCUAGCGGGUUUGUUUAUGCUUCCCUCAGUAACAUUAGUUUAUCAGAAAUUUGGAAUAUUUCUAGUGUUAGUAAUAUCUUUAAGCUGGAUUUACUCCACUUUAUUUUUUCAAUCUUUGCUCAAUGUGAUUGGCCCGCAGGGUGGAUUUGGACAAUUUCAUUGGCCAUCACUCGAAUGUUGCUCAAUGUCCACUCAAAGUCACAUUGAUAGAACCGUGUACACCAUGUCAGAAUCAACCAUGUCCACUUCAAGUUCGAGCUAUCCCUACCACCCUAGUAUAGACACAAAUGCCACUGAGCACGAUUACCUCCCUGAAAGGUCAGAUUCUCAUCCUGGAACGCCAUAUUACCGUACUAGACCAGGACGAUAUUACUCGAGACCAAAAAGUGAAAGUGUAAGUCCAGAUAAUCACUCUGAGCGGAGACUGCUGAGCAGUGAUGAUAAAAGCAGUACCGCUGAAAGAAAUAGCGGCACUGAGAAUGGAUGCCGCAUUGCUGUGGAAAUACAUGGCAAUUUACAUUGUGAUUCUGAUAAACAAAGCACAGAAGUUUAACAAAGAUAGUAGUUUUAGAGAAUUUUUUUUAUCUGACGGCCAUAUUGAUCAUUGUCAGGUGUGUAAAAGAUACUUUGUUCGAUUACAGAGGAUUUGAUACAGACACCUCUGAAACAAGUUACUGUCAAUUAGGUGUUGUGACAUUCCAGAUUUUUUGGGUUUUUUUUGCAUCCCCGACUUAAAAACUAUUUAUGAAUUUUAUUAUGGAACAUGUGCAACAUUGUUUUAUACUUCUAUUUAUUGAGUAGUAGGAGACAUAGUUUUAUUUACAGUUACUGCCCUUGAAUUAAUUAAAAUCUUGAAAAUUGAGUGUCUGCUCACUAACUUGAGAACUAGAAGUUCUUAUCCAUUGUUCACCAAACUUUGUCACAAAAUAUCUAGGCGAAGUCCCAUAAUCAUCUUGAUUGUUCCAUUCAUUCUUGAGUGAUGACCCUUACUUUGAAUAGCAAAACUUGACAGUGUCCAUUUAAUAACUUGAUUACCAGCUAGUUUGGAUAAAUAUCUCCAGAGUUGUAGCCCCUGAAUAAAGCAGAAUUAAGGAAAUUGACAACAGCUGGUUAUGUAGAGUGUUUUAAAAGUCAAGGGCAUAUAUUGUGACAGACUGGCUUUCUUGUAUUAAGUUGAUAAACAUCAGUCUGAAGGAAUUAUUAUGUAAAUGGCAUAACUUAAAAAUGGCAAAUCAUAUUCAUUCUAAUGAUACAUAAACAUGACACUCUGAAACAGGUAUGGGCACUUUAUGUUUUAAUUUUAGAGGUUUUAGUGCAAUUAUUUAGACUGUUUUCUUUGAGAAGUUUAUUUUUAUAAGGUGCUUAAGACAAGGUUUUGGAUAAGUUUUGUUAUACUGUACACAAGAUAUUUAAGGUUGCUUUAUGUAUUUUUAUGUCUCAGAAUCCUGUAUUGUACAAAUAGGGAGCUUUUUGGAGAGAAAAAAAGCCUUAAAAUAAACUGAACAUUUUUGUACUUUUUAUGCCCCCGAAGGGAGGCAUAUAGUUUUUGAACCGUCUGUCGGUCUGUCAGUCUGUCCGCAAUUUUCGUGUCCGGUCCAUAUCUUUGUCAUCGAUGGAUGGAUUUUCAAAUAACUUGGCAUGAAUGUGUACCACAGUAAGACGACGUGUCGCGCGCAAGACCCAGGACCAUAGCUCAAAGGUCAAGGUCACACUUAGACAUUAAAGGAUAGUGCAUUGAUAGGCGUGUCCGGUCCAUAUCUUUGUCAUCGAUGGAUGGAUUUUCAAAUAACUUGGCAUGAAUGUGUACCAUAGUAAGACGACGUGUCGCGCGCAAGACCCAGGUCUGUAGCUCAAAGGUCAAGGUCACACUUAGACAUUAAAGGAUAGUGCAUUGAUGGGCGUGUCCAGUCCAUAUCUUUGUCAUCGAUGGAUAGAUUUUCAAAUAACUUGGCAUGAAUGUGUACCACAGUAAGACGACGUGUCGCGCGCAAGACCCAGGUCCGUAGCUCAAAGGUCAAGGUCACACUUAGACUUUAAAGGAUAGUGCAUUGAUGGGCGUGUCCGGUCCAUAUCUUUGUCAACCUUGGAUGGAUUUUCAAAUAACUUGGCAUGAAUGUGUACCACAGUAAGACGACGUGUCGCGCGCAAGACCCAGGUCCGUAGCUCAAAGGUCAAGGUCACACUUAGACGUUAAAGGUCAUUUUUCAUGAUAGUGCAUUGAUGGGCGUGUCCGGUCCAUAUCUUUGUCAUUCAUGCAUGGAUUUUAAAAUAACUACGCAUGAAUGUGUGACACAGUAAGACGACGUGUCGCGCGCAAGACCCAGCUCCGUAGGUCAAAGGUCCUAAACUCUAACAUCGGCCAUAACUACUCAUUCAAAGUGCCAUCGGGGGCAUGUGUCAUCCUAUGGAGACAGCUCUUGUUCUUUUUUGAAGUUUUUUACACAACCAAUUAAGUAUGAAAGUAUGUAUAUAUGUUUAAUUGCAUAAAGUAUAUUUCACAAGGUGUCAAAGAAUACUUAUUUCAUCUUUCUGUAAGCAGUCUGAUUUAUUAAAAUGUUCUGUUCUGUUUUCAGAGGAACUUUACCCACUUGCUUUUCAUGUUUGGAUGUUAUAUGUUACUUGUUUGCAUUUGUUGAUAAAUUACUUCAGCAAAAUUGAUCUAGUGUUUGAGGACAUCAAAUGCAGUCACUAUAUAGGUUUAAGAUCAACAUGUAUAGAUGUAUUACUUAUACAGUGACAGAGUAAGGAAAUCUGUAUCUGUAUUGUAGUACAAAUAAGGGAGAUCUGUAUUGUAGUACGAAGUAAGGGAGGUCUAUAUGGCAGUACAAUGCAAGAGAGAUCUGUACUGCAGUACAGAAUAAGGGAGAUCUGUAUGGCAAUACAAAGUAAGGGAGAUAUAUAAGGCAUUACAAAGUUAGGGAGAUCUGUAAGGCAUUACAAAGUCAGGGAGAGCUUUAUGGCAGUACAAAGUAAGGGAGAUUUAUAAGGCAUUAGAAAGUUAGGGAGAUAUGUAUGGCAGUACAAAGUUAGGGAGAUCUUUAAGGCAUUAGAAAGUUAAGGAGAUAUGUAUAUCAUUACAAAGUUAGGGAGAUCAGUAAGGUAUUACAAAGUUAGGGAGAUCUGUAUGGCAGUACAAAGGAAGGGAGAUCAGUAAGGCAUUACAAAGUUAGGGAGGUAUGUAUGGCAUUACAAAGUUAGGGAGAUUUGUAUUGCAUAACAAAGUUAGGGAGAUUUGUAUCACAUUACAAAGUAAGCAGUAAUUUUCAAAUGAAGGUAAUUUUCCAUCUCUUACAAUUCAGGUUUGAACCUUGAUGUUGAUUAAUUUUAUCUACUUGUGUUUUUAUAAAUACUUUAUAGGCAUUGACCUCCAGGUCAUACAACAAAAAAAAUCUUUUUAGAUGUAAGAAAAUUACUGGUAUAAUUCUUAAGAAAGCUUUGAAACUACUUAACUGACAGAUUAUAUUUGAUGGAAACACAUAAGAAUUAGUUGUUUUUACUAUUUUUCCCAUUAAAAAUUGAAAAGCUGUUACAGGGUAAUUUUACAACCAUUAAGUGCAUAUUCCUCCAUGGUGUAUUGGUCAAGACUACUGAAAUUUAUUGUCGUGGCAACCACUGGAUUCAAUUCCAGAUUAUUUUUUUAUUUGGCAUUUUUAAGACAUCUCAUAUUCUAACGUUCAUAAUAUGACCAAACUUCAGUUUUAAAGAAGGAUCAUUUUUAGCCAAAAUCUUGAGGUCAUUGCCUUUAAUAUUUGAUAUUGUAUACAUUUGAUUUUAAUACUCUUCCUACAUUGUAUUAUGUCUGGAUAUUUUAAUACUUCAGGUGACAUAAAAUGUUUUAUGAAAUUUUAUUCACUAAAAUGUCCAAAAAUUUGUAUGUUGUUUAAUAUGUUUAGGAAGUAUAUAAACAUAUACAUUUUUGGAAAGCUCCUUUAUAUCUAUGAACUGUUUAAAUAAAAACAAGAGUUUCUGUGAUCAGUUUUAUUUCAUCUCGUUAGUUUCCAGAAAUUCAUCUGUUCAAAAUCCCUAAAAUAUUGAAUUUUACUUUUUAUCACAGAAAUGGAGAGGCAAAAUAAAUGCAUUCAUGUCAGUCAUAGUACUAUAGAAACAUGUUUAUUAUUCAAAACUUACAUUCUACUGUAAAUGCCUGUUGCAUUGUCAAGCUAUUUGUAUAAGAUUUCAGUGUAUUAUCAGGGGUUUCAUUAAAUUAUCACAGAAGAAGGUGGAAGGCAAAGUAGAGAAGGGUGGGGUUUCUUAUGUUCUCAACUUUUCCUACAGGACAAGUUGCUAGGGCUUCAAACCACUAUAGCAGGGUUAAAUCAUCUCCCAGGUCCCUUAAUGAAACCCCAGCUUAUUUUGUUGAAGUUAACCAAUAAUUGAGAUUCUUAAGAUUGGUCAUAAAUCUCUGUUUUCACUUUUUAUAGAUCAUUUUCAGAUGUUGGCCAAAGGAGUUUACAUGUAUAUGUGUAUUUUACUGUAGAUUAUCCACAUUUAUGAGAUUUACUGUGUUAUGAUUCACAAUUGAUGAUUGUUAAUUUAUAAAUAAAUGAUGGAAUGUUAUACAAAA